AACGCAAGCAGUGCUACAGUCGAGUGGAUUUUCAACUCCAGUAAAACUGUUCACUUGUUUCGCAAUGAAGCUGAUGACCAAAAAUCUCAAGACGACAGAUACAAAGAUCGAACUUAUCUCAACCAUACAAUGCUUGAACUCGGUGACAUUUCUCUCAAGUUGUCCAACGUAACUAAGAACGAUGAAGGGAUUUACAUGUGCAGUGUUCGCCGUCUGCCUGUUCAUAAUAAGCCAGAAGAGGGACAUGUUACUCUGGUUGUUGUUGAUGGAAAAGAAAAUGAAAACCCCGACAAACAUUCUGGAGGAGAAUAUCAACUUGAAAAGCCAAUAAAAGCACAAGUGGGAUCCGACGUUAUUCUACCAUGUCUUGUGAAGCCCCCAGUUAACGUGAGAGACGCUGCAGUCGAGUGGAUGUUCGACUCCAGUAAAACUGUUCACUUGUUUCGCAAUGAAGCUGAUGACCGAGAAUCUCAAGACGACAGAUACAAAGGUCGAACUUAUCUCAACCAUACAAUGCUUGAACUUGGUAACAUUUCCCUCAAGUUGUCCAACGUAACUAAGAACGAUGAAGGGAUUUACAGCUGCUUUGUUCACCGUCUGCCUGAUCUCUCUGAAGAGAAACAUGUUACUCUGAUUGUUGUUGAUGGAAAAGAAAAUGAAAACCCCGACAAACAUUCUGGAGGAAAAUAUCAUCUUGUUGGUCCUGAAGAGCCAAUAAAAGCACAAGUGGGAUCCGACGUUAUUCUACCAUGUCUUGUGGAACUUAACGCAAGCAGUGCUACAGUCGAGUGGAUUUUCAACUCCAGUAAAACUGUUCACUUGUUUCGCAAUGAAGCUGAUGACCGAGAAUCUCAAGACGACAGAUACAAAGAUCGAACUUAUCUCAACCAUGCAAUGCUUGAACUUGGUAACAUUUCCCUCAAGUUGUCCAACGUAACUAAGAACGAUGCAGGGAUUUACAGCUGCUUUGUUCACCGUCUGCCUGAUCUCUCUGAAGAGAAACAUGUUACUCUGAUUGUUGUUGAUGGAAAAGAAAAUGAAAACCCCGACAAACAUUCUGGAGGAGAAUAUCAACUUGAAAAGCCAAUAAAAGCACAAGUGGGAUCCGACGUUAUUCUACCAUGUCUUGUGGAACUUAACGCAAGCAGUGCUACAGUCGAAUGGAUUUUCAACUCCAGUAAAACUGUUCACUUGUUCCGCCAUGAAGCUGAUGACCAAAAAUCUCAAGACGACAGAUACAAAGAUCGAACUUAUCUCAACCAUACAAUGCUUGAACUCGGUGACAUUUCUCUCAAGUUGUCCAACGUAACUAAGAACGAUGAAGGGAUUUACAUGUGCAGUGUUCGCCGUCUGCCUGUUCAUAAUAAGCCAGAAGAGGGACAUGUUACUCUGGUUGUUGUUGAUGGAAAAGAAAAUGAAAACCCCGACAAACAUUCUGGAGGACCUGAACCUGGAGUUAUUGGUGGUGUUGUUGUUGGAGCACUCAUCAUCCUCGCCUUCAUCACAUACUAUGUUGUACGUCGCCACAGAGGUGAACAAAUUUUUCCACGCUGCUGCAACAAGUCUCAAAAUGAACAAAGGAGAAAUUAUGGAGAUCACAGAGGAAAUGGUAACCAAGGAGAUGGAGCUGAAGAAAGACCUUUACAGAACCUGGGAUAACCAAACCAAAAUGUGUGAAUCAUCCACCCUGAUCUGAAAUCUCUCCAUUUUUGUCAUUAUUAAAUCAAAGAUAUAUAUAUUUUUUUUAAUAAAUAUAACUGCAAAAUGUUUAA